UUACCCUCUUUUAUCCUCUCCACUCGGUGACCGACGCAUGCACCACCACACAAACAUGGGCCAAUCUCCCUCUUCUCCGACGGAUUCAACCGCCGCUUUACAGAUCAAUCACGCCUCCACCAAUCACGACCUAACCUCAAACCUCCCCGACGACUGCCUCUCCCACAUCUUCCACUUCCUCACCGCCGCAGACCGCAAACGCUGCUCGCUAGUCUCCAAACGCUGGCUCCUAAUCGACGGCCAAAACCGCCACCGCCUCUCCCUCUCCGCCAAAGCCGAGAUCCUCCCUCACCUCCCUUCCCUCCUCUCCCGCUUCGAUUCCGUCACCAAACUCGCCCUCCGAUGCGACCGCAACUCCUUCAGCCUCACCGACGAAGCGCUCUCCCUAAUCUCGGGGCACUGCUCGAGUCUGACACGUGUCAAGCUCCGCGGGUGCCGCGAGGUGACGGAUCUAGGGAUGGAGGAUUUCGCGAGGAACUGCGGGGGGAGUUUAAAAAAACUCUCGUGCGGGUCAUGUGACUUUGGAGCUAAGGGGUUAAACGCUGUGUUGGAGAAUUGUAGAGUGAUCGAGGAGUUGUCUGUUAAGCGGUUACGAGGGAUUCACGAGACUUCCGAGGCGGUUAGGUUGAGUUUGUCGAGUUCGUUGAAGUCUGUUUGUUUGAAGGAGCUUGUUAACGGUCAGGUGUUUGAGGGGUUAGUUACGUCGAGGACGUUGAAGAAGGUGAGAAUAAUUCGUUGUUUGGGGAAUUGGGAUAAAGUUGUUGGUGGGGAGGAUGAUGGUGGGGAUAGUUCUUCUUUGGUUGAGAUUCAUUUAGAGAGGCUGCAAGUUAGUGACUAUGGACUUUUCGGGAUAUCGAAAUGUCGAAAGUUGGAGACGUUGCAUAUUGUUAAGACUCCCGAAUGUUCGGAUUCGGGGUUGGUUUCGGUUGUGGAGAGGUGUGGGUUGCUAAGGAAGGUUCAUAUUGACGGGUGGAGGACGAAGAGGAUCGGUGAUGAAGGUUUGUUGGCGUUGGCUAAGCAUUGUUUGUUGUUGCAGGAGCUUGUGCUUAUCGGUGUGGACGCGACGGUUGUGAGCUUGUCUGCUAUUGGUGGGAAUUGUAAGAAGUUGGAGAGGUUGGCUCUUUGUGGGAGUGGGAUGAUUGGGGAUGCGGAGAUGGGUUGUAUUGGGGAGAAGUGUGUGGCGUUGAGGAAGUUUUGUAUUAAGGGGUGUCCGGUUUCGGAUGUGGGGAUCAAGGCGGUUGCGUUGGGGUGUCCUAAUUUGGUGAAAUUGAAGGUGAAGAAGUGUGUGGUUGUUACGGGGGAGGUUAGGGAGUGGCUGCGUGAACGGAGGAGGACGUUGGUGGUGAGUAUGGAUGGAGAUGAGACGAAAGGUUUGGGGAUUGGGAGUGAGGAUGGUGGGAGAGGUCUUGAGACGGUGGUUGAGGAGGUGAUGACACCGGCGGCUGAUGGUGGUGGGGAUGGAGAAGGUGGUAGGUUAGUUAUGUUGAAGACAAGGUUACUUGCAAGUAAGAACUUUGUGGCUUCCACGCUAAGGAGAUGGUUGCUGAGUGAAGCUAAUAGUUCUACUUGAUGAGUAUGUUUUCUUUUUUUAAAUGGGUAAACAAGAUCCCGCGUCUGUAUUAUUUCUUGUUUAUUUGUAUGAUCUUUAACAAUUCAUUAUCAAUGUACCAUGUGAUCUAUGUCUUAAUGUUAUUAUUGUUGAUUAGUACUACUAAACAUUUUUUCACUUAUUACUCAAAAUCUUCCAUUCUGCAGAAUGAAAUGUAUGAUC